AUGAACGGCGACAGCUACUCCGCUCGAGAUGGGCGGAGAGGCCGAGAAUUUGCUUCCUCGCGAGGGGACCGUGAUGAGCGUCGCGAUCGCCCCCGAGAUCGUGACCGAGACCGCGACCGAGACCGCGGAGACUUUGACGCAUACUCCUCGAGUCGAAGCCACCGAGAUCGUGAACGCGAAGAUCGAUACUCUGGCCACGAUGAAGAACGGCCAGCAAGAGAUCGCCGAGACGACAUGGGUCCUGCAAGGCACGAAGCUCGGCGGAGCCCAACUCCAGUCGUCAAACGGGAGCCCACUCCAGACCUGACCGACGUCGUGUCCAUCCUGGAGCGCAAGAGGAGAAUGACUCAGUGGGACAUCAAACCCCCGGGCUAUGAGCUCGUGACGGCCGAACAGGCCAAGCUGUCUGGCAUGUUCCCUCUUCCAGGUGCCCCGCGACAACAGGCCAUGGACCCCACAAAGCUGCAAGCUUUCAUGAACCAGCCCUCGGGGCAGGUUUCGAGUGCGGGGUUGAAGGCAAGCAACUCUCGCCAGUCAAAGCGACUCAUCGUCAACAAUUUGCCGCCUGCGGUCACCGAGGACGCCCUUAUGUCCUUCUUCAACCUGCAGCUCAAUGGGAUGAAUGUCAUCGAGGCAACCGAUCCAUGUGUCCUUUGCCAGUUCUCCAACGACCGAUCUUUUGCGGUCCUUGAGUUCAAGAAUGCCAUCGACGCAACUGUUGCGCUUGCUCUGGACGGCAUUUCCAUGGAAGCCGACGAUGCUGCCAAUGGCUCCUCCAACCCGGAUAUGUCAGGAUUGAUUAUUCGGCGCCCCAAGGACUACGUGAUGCAGGCCGUUCCCGACGAAAUGGCUCACGACCCCAAUACCGUCUCAACUCACGUUCCCGAUACCGUGCACAAGCUGUGCAUCAGCAACAUUCCGGCCUUUCUUACCGAGGACCAGGUCAUUGAGCUUCUCGCUGCUUUUGGCAAGCCCAAAGCCCUUGUUCUGGUCAAAGACCGAAGCACCGAAGAGUCACGGGGCAUUGCUUUCGCGGAGUACCUGGAGCCGACUGCUGCCAACGAAGCCGCCCUGAAUACUCUGAAUGGAAUGGACGUCGGGGGGCAGAAGUUGAAGGUGACCAAGGCGAGCUCCGGCUCUACCCAGGUUGCCAACUUCGACGUGGGCAUUACGGCCAUCAGCGGCCUCGCGUCCCAAAUGGCCAGCGAGACGGACAAGGGCCGUGUGGUUCAACUUCUCAACAUGGUCACGCUCGAGGAGCUGUUGGAUAACGAGGAAUACGAAGAAAUUUGCGACGAUGUGCGAGAGGAAUGCACCAAGUUUGGCAAGGUGCUCGAGCUGAAGGCUCCCCGACCGACUGGCGGCAGUCGGCAGUCUGCUGGCGUUGGCAAGAUCUUUGUCAAGUUUGACUCGACAGAAUCUGCGCACAACGCGCUCACAGCUUUGGCGGGACGGAAGUUUGCGGACAGGACUGUCGUCACCACGUAUUUUCCCGAGGAGAAUUUCGAUGUCGGCGCUUGGUAG